CAGCUUAGAGGUGGAUAAAGUUCGUCUCCACGUUGGAAGUGAUAGAAAGUAUUAUCCCGAAUCAGGCACUGUUUGGAGUUUUUGGGAAAGAAAAAUAAAUCAAAGCGGAUACUUGAGGUGUGAGAACACGAACGUUCGGCGGCGGAAGAACAGGGGUUUUUUUUGUUUUGUUUUUUUUGUUGAUGAUCGUACAGUUCACCAGAAGAAAAGUUUUCUCGGGACACAAAGUUGUCAAGUGAGUUGAACUUCAACAAUAGCCGGACUAUCACAAGACAGUUCCGAGGAGGCAGUCACAGGACGUAUGUAAACAGGACUUUUUAAGGAGAAAAGCCCUCCCUCAAAGGUGAUUUAGUAAAAAAACAAACUUUAUGUCUAGGAAAAUGGAAGCGACAUUCUACGACGAAGCCGUGAAUGGCUCCAACUCUCAGCACGACGGGCCGGGGGUGUACGCGUUCAACCCGAAGACCCUCAAACAGACCAUGACUCUGAACCUAAACGACCCGAAAAACUUCAAACCCCAGCUGAGCGCCAAGGCCCUGGACAUCCUCACGUCUCCCGAUGUGGGUUUACUGAAGCUGGCCUCGCCUGAACUGGAGAGGCUGAUCAUCCAGUCCUGCAGCGGGCUCACGACCCCCACCCCGACCCAGUUCGUCUGUCCCAAGAACAUCACCGACGAGCAGGAGGGGUUCGCCGAAGGCUUUGUGAGGGCACUGGCGGAGCUUCACUACCAGCAGCAGAUCCCCGCCGUGCACCCUGACGCACAGACCGGAGCGAACAACGGCAUGGCAUCCGGCUCCGCUGCGUCCGAAAGCGGCGGGAUUCCCUACAGCUGCACCGUGCGCACAGAACCUCCGGAGUACACAAACUUGGGCACCUUCAACCGGGCCGUGGGGUCUGCGCCUGCACCUGCCACCGAAAGGCACCCACCUUCCAGCUACCCAAGCGCCCCACCGGCCCACAACCACAUGGACCACCAGCUGGCGGCGGCGCAGCACCCGCGGCUACACGCACUGAAAGAAGAGCCGCAGACUGUGCCCGAGAUGUCCGGAGACACCCCUCCUCUGUCCCCCAUCGAUAUGGAGAGCCAGGAGCGCAUCAAAGCAGAGAGAAAGCGCAUGAGGAACAGGGUCGCCGCGUCCAAAUGCCGGAAAAGGAAGCUGGAGAGGAUCUCCCGACUGGAGGAGAGGGUCAAAAACCUCAAGAGCCAAAACACGGAGUUGGUUUCCUCUGCCAACGUCCUCCGGGAUGAGCUGGCUCUGCUCAAGCAAAAGGUUAUGGACCACGUUAACAGUGGCUGUCAGCUCAUUUUGACGCAGCAGCUUCAGGCUUACUAGACUGCAAAAGGAAAAAGAACCAAGGGACAUUUCUUGGGGACCAAAUGCAGCUUAGAGAAAGAGCCCCUGCUCAUCCUUGCAUGGGGGGUUUCUCAGUGUCUCAUUUCAAUUGUCCACCAUACUUUCUGCUCAGGCUGCAUCCACUAAGUUUCUGUAGACAAAGACUAUUGAAUUGUGACUGACAGGAUACUUGUAAUUGGUCAGUAAUAGUGACAAAGUAAAAAAAAGAAAGAAAGAAAGAAAAGCCACCAGACUUAUUGCGCAGACGCACACGGCUCUUGAUAUGAGCUGGUAGAUAAGUCUUCAGCUUUCAGGCAAUUUUUUGCUCUUUACUUUUAUAAAUGUUUCAUCCGAGUCUUGUUUUCCGUUAAGGCGGCAUGGCAUGUGUCCAUACUUUGCCUUAAGAUGUCAAGUCAUUUCGGCCUGGGAUAAAGACCGUCUGAUCCUGUGGGGGUUCAAGUUGCAAAUGGACAAAAAUACAAUGUGAACCGAGCCCUGCCCUGCAUAUGUUCCACUAUGUUUAAGUAGCAAUUAAUGCAUAUAGACUUGAGUCAAGCACUGAGUAUCCCACCAGCGACUAUGUACAGAGUAACACUAACAUUUCACACCUUUACGCAAAGGGACUUCUAUAGGUGUGUAGCGUUUACUGACAACUGCCUUACUUUCUUAAUCCUUACCUUGAUACGACUUUUUGUGAUAUAGGUGUAACUAAUGUUAGACCUGAAAUAACACUUUGUAAUAAUAUUUGUACGUUGUAUUUUGAGCACUUCAGAACUGUACAUAAAAUAAAAGGUUGGACACGCGUGCGUA